AUGGAUUGCUCUCCACGCCCCCUACCCACACCAAAGGUACCGUCGCACCCGCCCUUGACCCCCGCCUGCGGCGCAGUCCAUUUGGACGCGUCCCCGGUGGGCCGAUUUUUCGCGCUUCCCCUUCGGUUUAUAGGGGCGAUUGCUUAUGGCGGGGACAGUCAGUCGCGUCGGCACCGCGGAGCGGGCUGUGUCAAGUGGCUGGCCCAGCGGCGCUCGCCGGCUCCCUGCUCUCGGGCUUGGAGCUGCAGCACCGGCUGGAGCGAACCCUUGUCCCAGCUCGGGGCGGCGGCGGGCAGAGAGGCAGGCACUGCCUUGCGUGUGAGUGCAUCUCACUCACAUGUAAGUCGGGGAGCGCGGGGGCUUCCCGCCCAAGUGCGAGGUGCCUGGCACGGGCAAGAGCCACCGGGCAAGAGCCGGGACAGGGCAGGGGCGUCUGGCGCCGCUGUCCUGCCUCGCGCCUCCCGGGCAUCCUCCAAUUCUCUCUCUUCUCUCUUUUCUCCUCUCCAUUGGCGUCCCCAAGAGCUAACCCAAGGAGCGCCUAAGGGCAGCCAGCUCAGCAGCCCCCUACGGUCGAAGCCCGGGGAAGCCGGACUCGGUGGCCCCAGGACAGCACAGCGGAGACUGCAACGGAGCCCCACGACACGGGGCGCACAGGAGCCGCGAAGCCCGAGGCCGGGGCAAAGCAGACCGCCCGGGCCAGGCGCGAGCCCAGCUCCCCGAGGUGGUCCGGUCACCAUGCUGAAGAUGGCCAUGAAGCUGAGAGCCCGAGCGGCCCAGAGAGAGAGGAAGACAGCCGCGGCUGCCGCCGAAGUGGCUGCCGAAGCUGCCGUGGCGGCUGCGGCGCUGGCAGAGCCGCUCGCUUCGCAGAAGAACAAGGUCCCCGAGAAGCCCCCCAAGUCCGUCAAGAUCCGCGUGAACGCCGUGCGCGAUGUGCCGCCCGAAAAGUUGCUAACCGACAAAGAGCGAAAGAAGCUAGAGAAGAAGUUGCUAGAGCAGAAGAAAAAAGAGGAGAAGAAGAGAGAGAAGGAGAGGAAGAAGAUCGAGAAGA